AUGACCAGUAACCUUUGUCUCAAAAAUCCCUAUAGUUGUAACCUGCUUGAAACUACAAGCCCCUGUCCAAGCCCCCAGCCCAAGCCCCUGUCCAAGCCCACAGUCUCCAAGCCCCUGUCCAAGCCCCCAGUCUCCAAGCCCUUGUCCAAGCCCCCAGUCUCCAAGCCCCUGUCCAAGCCCCCAGUGUCCAAGCCCCCAGUCUCCAAGCCCUUGUCCAAGCCCCCAGUCUCCAAGCCCCUGUCCAAGCCCCCAGUCUCCAAGCCCCUGUCCAAGCCCCCAGUCUCCAAGCCCCUGUCCAAGCCCCCAGUCUCCAAGCCCCUGUCCAAGCCCCCAGUCUCCAAGCCCCUGUCCAAGCCCCCAGCCCAAGCCCCCUGUCCGAACCCCAGUAUCUAG